AUGUCACGCAGUAUUGAUAGUAAAGGCUGACACCAGAGGAUUCUACGGACCAGACAGAGACGCACCGGGGGGACAAAGCCCAUAUGGCAUUAUUUGACACAUUUUCAUUUUCAAAGGGCGCCACAUUGUAAUUGCAUCUUUCUUGUGGUCAACAAGUCGCACGAAAAGACGACAACCAACAUCACAGGACAAUCUGUGGCGCUCAAGUCUAGAUGUUCCUACCGAUGAAGUAAUUUGUUGAAGAAAGGGAUCACAAUAUACACUAUAUAUAUAUAUAUCGCGGAUACAAGCAGCUGAAAUUAGUUUCCUCCGUCGGGUGGCCUAGCUCAGCCUUAUGGGGUAAGGAGCUCGGUCAUCAAGAGGGACCUGAGAGUGGAGGCGCUACUCCUUCAUGUCAAAAGGAGUCAGCUGAGGUAGUUCGGGCAUCUAAUCAGGAUACCUCCUUCUGAUCCGAUGUGAGGUCCUGGGACAGGGAUGUCGUAUGUGUACAGAUUGUAAAGCCCACUGAGGGAAAUUCGUAAUUUUUUAUAUUGGGCUCUAUAAAAUAAACCAAAUUCUCACUAUUCUCACUUUUCUGGGCCCACCCAACUGGUAGGAGACCCACGGGGAAGACCGAUAACAUAAUGGAGGUAUUAUAUCUCCCAGCUGGCCUGGGAACACCUCGGGAUCCCCCAGAAUGAGCUAGAAAAUAUUGCAAGUGAGAGGGAACUUUGGGUCAGCCUGCUGCCACCACAACCCGACUCCGGAUAAGUGGAUGAAAAUGGAUGAUUGGACAGACAAUAUAUUUAUUUAUAUUUUAAGUUGGGGACUAUUUCCAGGGGCAAACUAACCCACAUUUGGCAGACUAGCGAGUAUUUAUAGCAGCAGACAUGUGGGAUUGACUGAAAUAAUUAGCAGUGGUCAUAUUCACAGGUUCAUGUUACCGCUGUUCUUUUAAAAUGUGUUAUAACGACCAAUCAAAUCCAUGGCACAGAGUUGUUAUUUAGACUUGCUAGUUAUCUUAUACUUUAAUGUAAUAAGAACAUCCUAUAAAUUCUGCAGUCGUAGUAAAUGAGAGCAGUCCAGCCAGCCAGUCCUUUUCUCUGCUGGAGGUCAACUGCACUGCCGCCCUCCUCCUCCCCUUUAGACCGACGGGGCUCUGGCCAAUCAGCGCUGAAAGCAGAGCCAGGCUCGUGAAUGAUUUACAGGAUGUGGGCGGGACCUUCUGCCACCGCGAGGAGCGCUGGGGGCGGGACCCGGGGCAAUAGUUGGCAGACCGGCUGACAAAUGGUGCACAGGCAGGGCGCCGCGGUUCGUGAGGAGCCGUAAAGGAGUGGCGGGGGCGGGAAAGCGGAGCAGCGGAGCACGAGCGGCGACCGCUGGAGAUGCCGAGGAGGAGAAAAAAAGAAGAAAAGAAAACAAGUCGAGGAGUGAAACGCGGAGGAGGGAGAGAGCGGAAGACGAGGCGGAACACUAACAGACGGGAGAGCCGCAUCUGUUGACUUGGAUCUUCUGGAGACUGAGCCAGACACGGCGAAAUCAUGGCCAACAGCACUACCGCCAUACACCCAAGCAACCCCCCAUGGCACCCGGAGGCCGUCCUUGUACCCCGGCUCUCCCUGCAGGUCCAUGAGGUCUACCCGUUCCACGACGGCUGGAACGUGGCCUGCUUCGUCAUUCUGCUGCUCUUCAUCCUCACCGUGGUGUCUCUGGCGGCCCUGGCCGUGCUCUACGAGCUGCUGGACUGCGGGUGCUGUGCCAAAGGGAAGACACACCACCAGCUAGAGGAGGAGGGGCCGGGAGGCUGCGGCAAGCUCAUGACCAGCAUUUGCAAGGAGCCAGAGUCACGCACCGAAGUGGUGUAGGGGGGGUGGAGGGUAGCAGCGAGGAUGAAGAAGAGUAGGAAUUCAGCUUUUCUGAACUAGGGCAACACCACAGCAUUGACCCCGUUGCCCACGAGAAAAUAACUUCUUAACAAAAGUGCCCACUAGUGUAGUGGUUCAGUUGCUCACAGUUAAGGAGGAGCCAGAGAAUGAGGGAACAGAAUUUUUUUUACUUUUUUUUUUAAUCAUAAAAAAAGAGGGCACCAGUUUGUCACUGAUUUGGGGCGAGUCUAAUUAGCUUUUUAUUUCACACACCUACGAUCACUGCCACCUGGACGCAGGGUGGACCCUGAAAUCCACAUUUUUAUACACAAGAAGCCGAUAGAGCAGUCGAUUAAUAUUAGUGCGAGAAAUAGUUAUCAUAGGGUGGCCAUGUUGACAUAUAACCACUAAUAUGACCCGAUAUCAACGAGUUUAAAAAAAGAAAAAAAGAGUAUUCUUGUUCUAUGACAUCUGCCCUGUGAAUACUGCACUGAGGUGGCUGCAAAUAUGCUGAUGAGAAAUAUGGUAAAUUGUUGUGUGCGGUUAGAAAAACACUGCCCUAACUUAAAGACACAGCUCUAGUUUCACGAACGGGGAUUUGAGGAGCAACACGCAAAUAAUCAAGCUCACUUGGACAACACCGUUGCUUUGAAUAAAUCCCACAUUUCUGUUCUUUAGUAAAUUGUGUACCAGUGUUGUCAACUUGUUUAACAUUGCCACAUGAUCAAAUGACACUUGCACAGUGAUGUAAAUUGAUCAUGCCGUCUGGAGCACAAUGUAUGAUUUAAUAGGCUUGUACAAAAAAUGUCUAAUAAAUUGUAACUGAAUUUA